AGCAAUCCAAGUCAUGGCUAAUCUAGAUGUGACACUGCGGUACUCAGGCAUCAACUUUCCGGGACACCUGCAUUCGAUGCAGUCUAUGCAAUUUGCCGAGGGGUUCAAGUUUCAUGACACUGACACGUUGAUUGUUACAUAUCCCAAAUCAGGUACAACAUGGAUGCAGGAGAUUCUCACACUUAUUUAUAGUGAUGGAAACCAGGAACCAGCCAAAACCAUCCCAAACUGGAUUCGAACUCCAUGGAUUGAGCAUUAUUAUUGUGAGGAUAUUCUGCUGGGCAAAGCAGACCAUCGAAUUAUCACCACGCACCUUCCCUAUCACAUCCUCUCCAAGUCCCUCAAACAAUCUAACACAAAGGUGAUUUAUGUUGCAAGAAAUCCAAUGGAUAUAAUCGUUUCAUUUUAUCAUUUCCACAAAAUGGCAAACUUCCUGCCAGAGCCAGGUACUUUUGGGGAAUUUCUGGAGAAAUUUUUACUUGGAAAAGUACACUUUGGAUCAUGGUUUGAACACAUAAAAGACUGGUUAAGUCACAGAGAAGAAUUUAACUUCUUCUUCAUAACCUAUGAAGAGCUGAAGAAGGAUCUUACACAUUCUGUCGAAAAACUGUGCAAUUUUUUGGAACAUUCUCUUUUACCAGAGGUUAUAGACACAAUUGUACGGCAUUGCAAUUUCACAAACAUGAAGAAUAAUCAGAUGAUCAACUACACACUCAUUCCCAAUGAAAUUAUGGAUCACCAAAGAGGAAAAUUCAUGAGAAAAGGUGCAGUUGGAGACUGGAAGGAACAUUUCACAGAUGAACAGAAGCAGCUUUUUGAGAAGAUUUUCCAGGACAAAAUGAGAGAUUUCAAAUUUCGGUUUAUCUGGACUUUAUAGCUCUUACCUUCAAGACAGACAAUUGUCAUUUAAGCCAGCUUAAUAGAUAAGAAUCCAAAACACAAUCAUUUAUAGUUCCUUUGAAAAAGCUGCAGUAAAUUAAAAGGAAUAAAAGUACACAGCUGUUUGGACAAUGUAUAACAAUGCACUGUACAGAUAUAACAUGCUCAGUAGAUUAAGGUACUUUAAUUUUAUUUGAUUUGCCCUUCCAUAAUAUGAAUGACCAUUUGAAACAAAUCAAAAUCAAUAUUUUUUAUGGAAGCAUUUAACAACAUUGAGGAAUAACAAAUUCUUGCAGGUCUGUUAAGAUAUUCUAUUGGCUACAUAAUAUUUAGUACUUUUAUCUCAAUACAGUGAAACAAAUGUUUUAAUCAGAACAAAAAAUGACUACGUCUGUAAAUAGAACACAGCUGGCGAACUGUAGAAUGUUGCAAGUUGGUAACAUCUUAAGUGAGCCUAAUUCAAAAGCAAACUGGGAUUUACUAAAUAAUUGUUGUGGAUUUGAGUAGCUAUCCAGCUCAGUUAAAAAAAAUUCGCAAAAGCAAACUAUUGUGAAGUAAUGAUCAACAGAUGUUUCCAUCUCUUUUAAUGGUCAUCAUCAUGAAUGACUUUGGUACAUUUGUGUGAACAUGGGUCAUUAACAUUAAUAGGGUUCAGUAGGUAAAUGCAUCAUAUGGCACACACUAGAAGAGAAAGAUCCUAGUUUCUACCAUUACUCUAUGCUGAGUUGGUUGAUCUCAGUCCAAGUGCUCUACUGAGGAGGAGAAAGACAAAUUAUCUAAGAUUACUGUCCGUUUGUGAUGCCUCUAUGGUGACCUGUUGACAGCUGUGAGCAUUUGGUCUUCAAUCAAUACACCUUGCACUCAAGUUUGAAUAACCUUUUAACAUUAAUACUCCGUGCUCAUACAAAGGAUGACCUCUUGCAAUAAGUACCAGAAAACUGUCAGCAUUGGCCACUGAUUUCAAAAUAGGGGAAGAGGAUGGAUCUGG